CCAUGAUGACCCGUCACAGACAGAACAUGUGAUUGUAGUUGAGAUUAACACAUGGAAAAUCAUCUGUGCAUGCUAUUUUAAAAGUGAAUGAGGAAAAAUGAGAAUUGUGCAGCAACUAUUUUUAAUACUUACAGAUCUUAAGAGUGCAACACGACGCCUUCUCCUUUUACCUCUUCCUCGCUUAACAAAGUUGAGUUUGAAUUUUGAGCAGUGGGCCUGAGAGGAUGUGAGUACAGUUUUGUGUUAUCUGGUCUAGGUUUACAUCCCUUUUUACAUCCAAUGAAUUGUUUUGGUUGUACUUUGUGUUUCAAGCACAGUGGGAAGUGAACCUGGAUUUGAAAGUGACAUUUGACAUUUAGUCUUUUAGUUUUUAAACCCAAUAGAUUUGAGUGUUGGACUGCACCUUUAACGCCGCUGCACGCGCCUAGUGGUUGUGUUGGUCCAAUUAGUGUGUAGGUGGAGCACAGGAAGAAACAGACAGGCAGGCACGUUUUUUUUUCAGUUCCUGGACGCGGAGAAAAAACGUGUCAAGUUUUCUUCCAGUUGCACAAAGUAAGUCUCAGCCAGCCGGUCGAUGAAGUCUGAUGGUGCUGGAGGAAGAUUUCCCGAUGAUUGAAGUAUCGAUACCGUCUCUGGAGAGGGAAGUGGAUGAGUCGGGGAAGUCCAGAAAGCUUUUCAGAGUGGAAGUCUUGUUUCACGGGAGGAAACAUUAUGUGCUCAGAAGAAACAGCGAAUUCCAGACUCUCCACAGAAAACUCAGGAAGAUCACCCAGACUCCUGACUUCCCGAGCAAAAGGAACCCCCAUCUGAGGACCAAACCAGCGGAGCAGAGGAGGCAGGAGCUGGAAGACUACAUCCAGGAUAUCAUCUAUCAAGACGAAGACGUGCCGCAGGUUCUGCUGGACUUCCUCCAUGUGAAACACUUUCACACGGGGAUCAAGAAGAGCAGCAUGGAAUCAGUUGAUGAAUUGGACAGUCAGGAUUACAGUUAUCCAUUACCAAAUCAGCCAGUGUUGGGAUUUUUACAGGAUCCUUAUCUCUCUGACUGCACAUCAGAUUUCCCAGAUAUUGUUGUGGAUGGGGUUCUUCAGGGUUUUUAUCCCCGGGACGUCCGGGUCAGCUUCACCGCCCCCAUUCUCACCGAGCCCGACCCCACCACUUCUAUAGAGGCCUAAAAUUAUAAUAAGAUGUAAGAUUCAAUGUUUUAAAAUAGAAUAUACAAUACAGUCAAAUACACAAUGCCAGCAAGAAAGAUAGAUGAAAAAAGCCGUCGGCAUACACUUGCAUGCAUGAUACAGAAGAAAAACAGCCUGAAAUAGGUCACCGUCUCAGGUAGUGCAUCUGAAUCUCAUUGUAUGUAAAUGCAAUGACAAUAAAGGAAUCCUAUCUUA